CCCGCCAUGUUCGCGACGCUCCGGCUGCUCACGUCGCGCACCACGUACCGCGGCGCAAAGGGCUCCGGCGCCGGCGCGUCGCAGCGCACCGCCGCCCGCUCGUCGCCCUUCUCGCGCCCCACGGCGCUCCUCGCGCAGCUCGCCGGGCGCACCUUCAAGGCCAGCCAGCGCGGCCUCUACCACGGCGCCCAGCUGCAGAGCGGCCACAACGUGCCCAAGUCGCGCCAGAAGACGGCUCGCACGUGGCGCCCCAACGUGCAGGUCAAGCACGCCCUCUGGAGCGACGUGCUGCAGCGCAACAUCGGCUGUCGCAUCACGACGCGCGCCAUGCGCACCAUGCGCAAGCUCGGCGGCCUCGACGCCUACGUGCAGCACACGCACGGCGACCGCCUCGGCGCCUUUGGCCGCGCGCUGCGCCUCGAGAUGGGCCGCCGCGUGCGCGACGGCACGGCGGGCAUGCCGCUCGGCCUGCAGCUCGGCAGCGGCGAGGUGGUGGAGGGCACGCUCGGCGAGGAGGAGCUCGAGGGCACGCUCGUCGACGAGGUCGUGGAGGAGCAGGUGCAGGCAUUGCGGUAGCAGAUGGCAGGGCGGUAGCAGAUGGAAGGGCUGGGACGGGCGAGAUGGGGGACAGGGGUUUGAGGUUGGAGGGAGGGCUGCGCAGAGAUCAGCGCAAUACACACCACAUCAGCACAG